AUGCCCCUCACGGAAUCAGUGGCUGUGCGGCCGGCGGCACAACGGCUCCUGCUGCUUGCAACAUCGCUGCUGCUGCUUCUGCUGCUGCUGCUGCCGCAGCCUGCGGCCGCGGAGAGCUACGCCUGCCAGACCGGCGACGGCCAGAAGUGCUGCCCGCCCGGCCGGCGAUGCGGGGCCGACAUGCGCACCUGCCAGGGCCCCUUCAAGAUGUCCUCCUGGAUGUACGGCUGCCAGGGGGAGAAGUGGGACCGCAGCCGCCUCCCCAUCGACUGGAGCUAUGCAGGCUACGGCGCCGGGGAGAAGCAGAUCCCCUUGAAGCCGCAGUCCGUGGACGCGAGGGCCGCAGGCGCCAAGGGCGACGGCCGCACCGACGACACGGCGGCGGUAGAGAGGGCGAUCGCCCAGGCGCGGGACGGCACCGCGGUAUACUUCCCGCCAGGCAAGUACGUCAUCACCCGCAAGCUGGACAUCCGAAAGGGCGUCACCCUGCGCGGCGCUGGCAAGUACAAGACCACCCUCUAUUUCCCCAAGAGCCUGGCAGAGGUCUACGGCAACUUUGGGGGCUGGGGCCACGGCACCUGCUGGGUCAACUACUGGGGCUGGGACCCUAUAAGGGAUGACAAGACCCGACUGGCCACAAUCACGGGGUUCACGCCAAAGGGCAGCAACAAGAUAUUUGUGGACAACCCCGGCCGCUUGCAGAAGGGCAUGUGGGUGCGCGUCGUCCUUCGUGACUCAGCUGACGUGUUCAAGAGCAACCUCAUGGGCGGCAUCAUGGAGGCCGGCUGGCCCAGCAGCGGCGCCCGCAACCUAGUCAGGUUCUCAAGCCGCGUGUCUCAGGUCGGGCCCGGCAGCCAGGUCACUCUGGAGCAGGCGCUGCCCUGGGAUGUCAAGACGCAGUGGGGCCCGGUGCUGCACGCGCUGCGGCCGACGAUCAGUGAAACAGGCGUGGAGGGGCUGACAUUUGAGUUCAAAUGGACAAAGUACCCCGGCCACCUAAAGGAGAACGGCUUCAACGCCCUCAUGUUCAACCAGAUGGCCAACUCCUGGGUGCGCGACGUGCGCUUCUUGAACGCCGACACGGCGGUGUACUUCUGGGGCACCAUCUUCUCGACCGUCCAGGACGUGGAGAUCGACGUCACCAGCCCGCGGACCUCUUAUACGCGUGAUCCCUGGAGCGGCCUGGACCGCAACGGCCACCGCGGGAUCUGGAGCGAGUUUGGGGAGGACAACUUGUUCCAACGGAUUGCAGUGAAGGCCCCCUUCUUCCACGACUUCACUGUCGCGACGGCGGAGCACGGCAGCGUCUGGACCGACAGCUGGGGGGCGGAUUUGAACCUCGACUUCCACAAGGGCGCGCCCUACGCCAACCUGUACUCUGACUUGAACAUGGGAGCGGGCACCCGCGCAUUCAAGUCCGGCGGCGGCGCCGGGGCCGGCCCCAACAGCGCCAGCUACCAGACGUUUUGGAACCUCAAGGCCAGCCAGCCCCUGAAACUGCCCGACAGCAGUUUCGGUCCCCAGAUCAACUUUGUGGGCAUCCAGACGCGCGACAACGCGGCCGCCAGGGUGGCCGUGCGGUGGAUGCAGGACGGGGCGUCCUACCCCCAGAACCUCUGGCUGUCAAUGCGCCGCAAGCGCCUUGGGUGGUAG